ACCAGCGAUGCACCAGCCCUGGGGCAGGUUUAACGGUCCUUUUCCCUUGUGCCCUGGCAGAGCCACCAUGACCCACCGCUGCAGGAGAUCCUCCAGCCUCUGGAAGGUACAGAGCCUGGGGAGGACCAUCGACGCAGCUUGAGCCCCAUGAACACCUGGGCAUGGGGCUGCAGUCUCUGCUUGGGGCCUCUGCACCCACAGAGCCCCCUGACCUGCUCCAUCCUCCCCAGAUCGUGGUGUGGGAUGAGGCUUUCUUCCAGGGCAAGAAGCACGAGUUCACCACCGACUGCUACAGCACCCCGGAGCACGGCUUCAGCACCGUCCGCUCCUGCAAGAUCGAGAGCGGGGCGUGGGCAGGCUUCGAGCACUGUGGCUUCCAGGGGCAGCAGUUUGUGCUGGAGCGUGGCGAGUACCCGUGCUGGGAGGCGUGGAGCGGCAGCAACGCCUACCACGUGGAGAGGAUGUGCUCCUUCCGCCCCAUCGCCUGCGCUGACCACGGGCGCAGCAGGCUGAUGCUCUUCGAGCAGGAGAACUUCCAGGGCAAGCGGGCGGAACUGAGCGACGACUGCCCCUCGCUGCCUGCCCUGGGCUGGGACAGCAGCGCUGUGGGCUCCUUCCUCGUCCGCUCCGGCGCGUGGGUCUGCUCCCAGUACCCGGGGUACCGGGGCUUCCAGUACCUCCUGGAGAGUGACAGCCACGCGGGCGAGUACAAGCACGUGCGGGAGUGGGGCUCCCACGCGCAGACGGGCCAGGUCCAGUCCAUCCGCAGGGUCCAGCAAUGA